AUGCAGAAGGUCGGUGGCCUCGGCUACAUACCUCUACCGACGUACAAACAUUCGUUACCGACGAGCGAGUUUGACAAACUCGCAGCCGAGCACCAUUGUUUACGGAUAAAACUUCUCGGUGACUGUUACUACUGCGUUUCGGGAUUACCGGAACCUCGACCGGAUCACGCUCAUUGUUGCGUCGAAAUGGGGCUUGACAUGAUCGACGCGAUUACGCUCGUGAGAGAGGUAAUGGCUGUCAACGUAAACAUGAGGGUUGGCAUCCACACUGGAAGGGUGCACUGCGGAGUCUUGGGACUUCGAAAGUGGCAGUUCGACGUGUGGAGUAACGACGUGACUUUGGCCAAUUACAUGGAAAGCGGGGGGAUUCCAGGACGAGUUCACAUUACCAAAGAGACGCUGGCGUGCUUGGAAGGCGACUACGAGGUCGAGGAAGGUUUCGGAGGAGAAAGAAACGCAUAUCUACGGGAACACAACAUACAAACUUUUCUCAUCGUACCCGGAGACACGUUUCGCGAUAACGUUACGACCGGUUCGACCUUGAAGAAAGGAUUCCAGGUGAACGUGAACGUAUCGAAAGAAAUGAGGAUGAUGGGCCACGGCUCCCAGCACGGAAAGCAGACCAAAUUGGGACUCGGCGACACCGUCGAAUGCGAGAAGGACCCCGAUGACGAGGUCAACGAGUACCUGAUGAGAGCGAUUGAUGCCAGAAGCAUCGACCGACUGAGAGCUGAACACUGCACCCCGUUUAUUCUGACAUUCCGACGUCCGGAUAUCGAGGAAAAGUACUCGAGGGAAAGGGACAAGAUGCUCUCGGCGUACUUCCUCUGCUCAGGAUUCGUUUAUCUAGUCGUCAUACUCGCCAUUGCGAUCAGUAUCAAAGGAAGCGUGAGUUUCUACGCCUUCGGUUCAUUCGGUGGUAUCAUAAUAAUUUUAGUUAACGGGAUACUACUGGCCGAAAAAAACGAGACAGUUCCCUGCUGGGUGAGGAAUAUUUCGAUACAGAUAUACGAGAAGCGUAUCGUGGCCCAAAGUAUCGCUUCGAUCGUAGUUUUUUUAACGUUUACAACGGUGCUAUCUCCGCUGGUAGAUCUCGACGGAAGAGAAGAUUGCAGCAAUUCAACCGUCGUAACUACUACCGAAUGGCUCGACAAUUUCACCGUGAUGGAAAGCAUCGCGACAUCGGAGGAUCCGUGCUACUACGAGUUGUUCUCGGACCUCUUUCCCGUACUCGUGAUGCUGGUGAUGGUGACCUGCGCCGUUUACCAAAUUUUGACCUCGGUCUUCAAGGUUGCCGUUCUCAGCGUGGUGGUCGCUUGUUAUCUCGGAGUCAGCGUUUAUCAAGCUUCGAAAGACGGGGAUGCUGAAACCGGAGGACGUUGGUUAGCCGGAGUUCUCGUGGUCGCCUUUAUGGCUGCGCUCGUUGCCCAUUCUCAACACACCGAGGCAACUUACAGGUUGGAUUUUCUUUGGAAACUUCAGGCUACGGAGGAGAAAGAGGACAUGGAACACCUCAAGGCCUACAACCAAAAACUCUUGGCAAAUAUUCUUCCGGAACACGUAGCCGAACAUUUCCUCUAUACGGUCAACUCCGACGAACUCUAUCACGAGCAAUGCCCUUUUGUUUGCAUCAUGUUCGCUUCGAUACCGAAUUUCUCCGAAUUUUACGUCGAACUUGAAGCCAACAACGAAGGAGUCGAAUGCCUCCGGCUUCUUAAUGAGAUCAUCGCAGACUUUGAUGAAAUUCUUGCUGAGGAGAAUUUCAAAUACAUCGAGAAAAUCAAAAGCACCGGUGCCACCUACAUGGCUGCUUCCGGGCUCACAAAAAGUACCUGCGACAUGCACGAUUUCAGGCACAUAACGUCGAUGGCGGACUACGCCCUGAGGAUCCGUGAUCAACUGUCGUAUGUGAACGAGCACAGCUUCAACAACUUCCGGAUGCGAGUUGGCAUAAAUAUCGGUCCGGUGGUGGCGGGUGUGAUCGGCGCCAGGAAACCACAGUACGACAUUUGGGGAAACGCUGUGAACGUAGCCUCGCGGAUGGAUUCAACGGGAAUUUUGGACGGGAUCCAGGUUACCCAGGAGGUCUACGAUAUCCUUCACCUGAAAGGUUACCCCCUCACUUGCAGAGGCAGUAUCCAGGUCAAGGGCAAGGGUAGCAUGAUCACCUACUUCUUGGACGGACCGCGUAAAAACGAAGAGGCUUUGUCCUCGAUCAAUCAGAGUUCGAUCAAGUCGCUGAAGAGAACUAAUUCCAACAACAACACCGGUAGUUUGGAAAGAAUGACAUCCAGGAACGGCGUCGUUGCGUUAUAA